UGAGCCAGGUCGCGAUACAAUGACAAUGUCGAGGAAACAACGAAAAGCGAAUAUUUUCUUCUAUGCUGCCUUUAAUCUGGCUGAGCUUAUUGAGCUGGCUCAACGACUGCGCAAUGUGACAUGCUCGUGUGAUUCCACGCAAAAACCAUUCAGUGGAAGUUUUAACUGGGCUGUCGUCCUCACUUUUGUGGACGGAGUUGAGUGGCUGUUUCGAGCGCCUCGGACAAGUUACGGCCUUGAGUUAGAUUAUUAUGUUGCUGGAUUGCGCCUUGAGGAAAUGAUACCGAGCCUUGUUAAUGACUUGGAAACGAGAUGUGGUGAACCCGGCGGCUUUCCUUUACACCACCCCGAUCUCAGUCUGAACAACAUUUUCAUUGACGAUCAUUGCAACAUAACAUGUAUUAUUGACUGGGCAUUCUCAUUUUUUGCGCCAUCAACAAUACUUCUCUCCACACCCGGCCUACCACACCCAAGGGACGAGUGCAAACCUUCGCUAACAUGCGCAUUCAGGUCUGGGUUCAUCAAUAAUGGCGUGACAACUUGCUCUGAUGCCUGGAAAAAGACUAGAAUGGCUUGGCUUUUUAUGCGGCUGGUCAGUCUUGACGGCUUGCAAGACUAUCACUAUUUUACAGAGCUUUACUUGUUGAUCAACAAACAGCCUGCUGAAGAGCUGUUUACAAAAUUUCAGCAACAAUACGCGAAACAUGAGGUUAUGAACAUGCACUGGAUCCUUUCCGCGGACGACCAGUCACCAAGUGAGAUCAAGCAAAGUGAAAAAGUCUAUUUUGUGAAUGUGGGCGCUGAGCGGCAUGCUCUAGCUCUCAAGAUUAGACUAGUAUCGAUGUUGAACAGGUCAUUUGUUGCUGACAGACAGCUUUGGCAUUGGAUUGAAGAGGUGGAAAAAACCACAGAGUCUUAUCAGCAUACACUUGAGUGA